AUGGCUCUCUCCAACAUCCCAUGCCUCACCAACCCUACUCACAGUCUUUUUAUCCACUGCUUUGAUCCCUCAGAUCAACCUGCUCUCCCUCUCUAUAUCCCACCAUUAUGCCGUGUAACGCCCCCUCAUCGCUUCCAUUUCCCUUCGGCAGAGCAACCACUUCGAAUCCAAAUCGAAGGUCCGUUGCUAGCUCUUCAGAAGCUUCUUCCAGGGGUUUCAUGGCACGUCCUCCAUAGCUUUCCUUUGCCUGGCGGUCCCAAGCUAGCGGAGCUAGCGUUUCGGGCAAUCUACCACCGACAUGUACGGCCGGAUAUCGCUGGGGACAUGGUAGUGCGGGAUGAAUACAAAGGUUGGUUGGUAGAGGCCAGACCAAAAGAGAUGAUUGAUUACUAUGGAGUUACAUUCGACCAUCUUGUCCCAGCCGACGACACCAAUCCAGAAGUCUUGCAGAUUAAUAUCGUUGAAAUUGAAGACGAUGCAGGGGUAUAUGCAAACAAGUAUAACCCUUUUGAGAUCGACCCGAAGGAAUUUAUUGGGAAGAAGGUGCUUGCUGUGCCGAGGUGCUGUCAGAUCAGGAAGGGAACGACAGAUCAGGCGAGAGUUAAUGAUGCAGUGAAGGCUAGGGUAGAUGCUGCGUUUUGUUGA